UGUAUUUGUUGGGGUUUUUUUCCACGUAUAAUUUGACUCAUUAGAUCUCUAUUCUUUAUGUAAUUUCCACUUCUCCGAAUGGAAGGUUUGACUGCUGUCUGAUAUCAACCACAACUCUCAUAAUUAAUUAAAUAUUUAACUUUCUUCCGUAAAAAUGAGGAUCCUGAUAAAUUUGAUAAAACCUGUGUGAUUCUCUAGUACAAUUAAUGCAUGAAGACUUGUAUACUUAGAGAGAAUAGAGAACGCCUCUAUACAGGUGACAUUUAACAUAUGUUAAUUAUAUCGAAAUCUUAAAAUAUCGCUAAUAGUGAUAUUCAUGGGAUUUUAUUAUUUGGAAAGGUAAACCUGCGAAUUCAACAAGAAUGCCGCCAACAUGCCCCAACUCUGAGUUCAAUCACGAAUUCAAGAUCCCACGAACAUGAUAAUGCAUUUUAAAGAAAUUCUUUUUCUCGGAAUUAUCCUUUGUUUAAACAGCGUAUUUGCAAAGUGGCACUGUCGAAAUAGACUAGCAGGCGGUUGCCUAAAUGGAGGAACCUGUGAUAGUGACUCUGGAACUUGCAGCUGUGUGGAAGGGUUUGAAGGGUUCAAUUGUGGACUAGCUACAGAUACUAAAUGUGCUGAUGAUGCCGCAAACUGUAGGAAUGGCGGCAUGUGUUAUGACACAGACAAAUGUUUCUGUACCGAGGACUACAUAGGAGACAAUUGUGAAACAGCCGUCGCCUCCAUGGAGUGUCGAGGAGAGGGAACAGAUAUCACUGUGAUGGUCCCCGGGGGAUUCAAUGGAGAAAUUUACUCCACCCAGCAGGUAGACUCGACUGAUGAUAUUGUCCCUGAUGAGUGUAAAUUUACCGGGGAGGAAGCUAGACCGGACAAUUACGUGCCCUAUAAAUUCACCAUUCCUUUUGAUGGAAGCAGUCCUUGCGUAAAUGCAACCUUGAAUCGGACGGCAAAUGAGAAUGGAGAUUCCGUAUACACGUCCAUCAUUGUGAAGACAUUCAGCACCAUGUUUAUUACAGACUUCGAUGAACAGCUGACAUUUGUCUGUGUCCAUUCCAGCAACAAUUUCACAUUAGGAACUCGACUUGAUCAAGUCGAUCUUGAUAAAACCAAAGAUUUGCAGAAGGAUAAGAAGGACGAAGCUUACUCCCCUGUUAGAAUGAAUGUUCUGAACAAGGACGACACGAAUCUCACAGGCACCAUCAAUGUCGGAGAAGUAAUCAAACUUAGAUUCUAUCUGGAUGACGAAACAGUGUACAAGGCAUUGAGAAUGGAGGACUGUAGUGCAAACGACACCAGAUCAGAAAAUGGAAAUAGCUUUAAAUUCUUAGAAAAGGGAUGCCCUACUGAUGCUGGAGCCGCCAUAAUGGUAGAUACAACGGGACAAACUCUGAGUAGAAUUCCUCAUCCAAUUACCGGAGAUGAAGUUUCUUCUGCUCUGUUGCCAAUUUAUGCUUUCAAAUUUAAAAGCACGGGAAACGUAGCCUUCAAUUGUCAAGUAAAGAUCUGCAACGCUGGCGAAGAGGACCAGUGUAAUCCGCAAUGUGGAGUGUCUGAAUCUGCGCCUGCUGACGCCACAGCUGAUGGUGGUACUGCUGCCGAAGCUCCCGCAGACGCACCUGCAGAUGCUCCAGCAGACGCACCUGCAGAGGCACCUACAGAUGCUGCAGCAGAGGCACCUGUUCCUGAUGCUCCGGCACGAAGAAGAAGACGAGCAGCUUCUGGAGAGAGGAAGGAAACAUUUUCUGCUAUUGUUUCUGUUGUGGAUCCAUUUGAAUCGCAGUGGCGUAAUUCCAACCAAGUUACAAGCACUCUUGCGCCAACAACAAAAGCACCAGAAGAAGAGAAGACCUGCUUCCGGUCUCAGGAAAUCCUGGUUGUCAUCAUAGUCAUGUCUGCGUUUGUGUUUGUUCUACUUGUGGCUUGUCUUGUCAUGUCCUGUACGAUUUUAAAAUUAAGACAUAAGUUUACUAACCUAGAAAAUGAAAGCGAGUCACAUAUGCCCAGGUUCUUUCUCCCUCAUGCUAAAUUACAGGCUUGAUUAAAGAGAUUAUCUAGUAUAACAUGAUUUUAAAGUCUGUUGUGUUCUCAUAGCGGUUUUUGACAGUUCACAUUUACAAUUUUUAUCCAUUUCUGUAUACUGAUUAACACCCUCAUUUAAAUGCAGCUAGUGUCAUCUGGUGAAAUUGAUUGCACACGUACAGGACAUUGCGUCAAUACAAUGAACUGCUUCUAGGUAGUUUGUGUUUUAGUGAAAAAUAAUUCGAAUGUCAACAGUUACGAUCCUUGUGUUACAAUCGUUAAUUGUGUUGUUUAAAUUCGUUAUCUAUGAUGAAAUAUUGCAUUCAUGUUAAUUACCUUUUAUUACGAUGUAUAUAUGUUUAGUGAAAAUGGUUGUGUUUUUCAAAGGUUUUGUAUGAAUGUCUGUUGGUAUGGAGUGCUGACUUUUAUAUAUAUUCUGUUGUUCAUGUUGAAUAUCGAUGUUACUAUAUAUAGAUCUAGGGACUACAAACUUACAAUAUGUAUAUAGUGUUUUCUACAUGUAUUUUAGCACAAUAAAUAUUUUCAGUUGUUUA